AUGCAGAACCUACAAAAUCUUUCUCUAGCACACAACAGAUUGCAAGGAUCAAUCCCAGAAUCGAUUGGCAAGAUGUUAAGCUUGGAGUCAUUGGAUCUAUCACACAACUUUCUCUCUGGAUCAAUUCCAAUGUCAAUGGAGAACCUUCGAUAUCUUAGACAUUUCAAUGUCUCUUUUAACAAUUUAAGUGGUGAAGUUCCUUCCAGAGGGCCUUUUAUCAACUUCACUGCCGAAUCCUUCACUUCAGAUCAAGCUCUCUGUGGAGCUCAAAGGUUUCAUGUGCCCCCAUGUCCAAAUAAUUCGGCUCACAGAUCAAGAACAAAAAGAGUGCGUCGAACCAUUUUUAUUCUACUAGGGGUAAUAAUAGCAGUAGGAGCCUUGUCCUUUGGAUUUGUUUACCUGAGAUAUCGAAAGAAAGAUACACUUUCCAGUGGAGCAAAUUUAUCCUUAGUUGCAAUGCCAGAAAGAAUUUCAUAUUUUGAACUUCUACAAGCAACUAACGGGUACAAUGAAAGCAAUUUGCUGGGGGCUGGAAGCUUUGGAUAUGUUUAUAGAGGUACUCUUGAUGAUGGAAGGGUUGUGGCUAUUAAAGUGUUCAAUUUAGAAGUCGAUGGAGCGUUCAAGAGUUUUGAUGUAGAAUGUGAGGUGUUGCGCAAUCUUCGCCAUCGAAACCUCACAAGAGUCAUUAGUAGCUGCUCUACCCCUGAAUUUAAGGCAUUAGUGCUUGAGUUCUUGCCUAAUGGGAGUCUUGAGAAGUGGUUGUAUUCGCACAACUAUUUUCCCGAUCUGACGCAGAGAUUGGACAUAUUGAUUGAUGUGGCAUCCAAGUAA